AUGGACGCCUCUGUGAAGGACAGAUGGGAAGUGCUUUGCAAGUUGUGUCCUAUGUUCCCAACAUUAUUGCCCACCGGUGCCUGCUGGGGUGGCCUGCCCCGGUGCUUCCAGGCUGUCCUCCUCCUGGCUCUGACCAUGCUCCUGCUAGCUGGCAUCCUGCGCAUGGACAUGGGGCUGCUUAUACCUCUGCUCCGGAGCCAGGCCGAGGGGCCGCCCAUCGUCAAUGUCAUGUUCCUCAAGACACACAAGACGGCCAGCAGCACUGUGCUCAACAUCCUCUUCCGCUUUGCUGAGACGCACAACUUGUCCGUGGCCCUGCCUGCCGGCUCCAGCUUCCACCUGGGCUACCCCUGGCUCUUCCUGGCACACUACGUGGAGAGCUCAGAGCCCCAAGGCCUGCAGCAGCGUUUCAACAUCAUGGGCAACCACCUGAGGUUCAACCUGCCUGAGGUGCAGAAAGUCAUGCCCAACGACACUUUCUACUUUUCCAUCAUCAGAAACCCCGUCUUCCAGCUGGAGUCCGCCUUCACCUACUACAAAGACUACGUCCCUGCGUUCAGGGAUGCGGAGAGCCUGGAUGCCUUCCUGGCCUCCCCGUGGACCUACUACAAUCAGAGUGUGGGCCUGCUCAACGCCUUUGCCAGGAACAACAUGUGGUUCGACCUGGGCUUCGACAACGACGCACGCGCCGACGACCAGGGCUACGUGCGCGCGCGCCUGGCGGACGUAGAACGGCAAUUCCAGCUGGUGCUCAUCGCGGAGCACUUCGACGAGUCCAUGGUGCUGCUGCGGCGCGCGCUGCGCUGGCGGCUGGACGACGUGGUGGCCUUCCGGCUCAACUCGCGGAGCGCGCGCAGCGUGGCCCCCCUGACGGCCGCGGGGAGGGCGCGUGCGCAGCGCUGGUGCGCCCUGGACUGGCAGCUCUACCAGCACUUCAACCGCAGCUUCUGGGCCCGCGUGCAUGCCGAGCUGGGCCCGCGGCUGCUGCGCUCUGAGGUGGCGCGGCUGCGGGCUCGGCGGCGGGAGCUCAGGGAGCGGUGUCUGCAGGACGGCGUGGCCAAGAACCAGUCGCAGAUUGCCGACCCCCAGCUGCGCCCCUUCCAGUCGGGCCAGGCGGACAUCCUGGGCUACAACCUCAGGCAGGGCCUGGAUGAGCAGACACAGCGGAUGUGUGAGAGGAUGGUCACUCCCGAGCUUCAGUAUAUGGCCCGCUUGUAUGCCCUGCAGUUCCCGGAAAAGCAACCCAAACGCCUCCCCUUCCUGGAGUAG